GAAAUGGAAGACGAGAUUCCUGCCCUUGUUUUUGACAACGGCUCCGGCCUGUGCAGGGCCGGCUUUGCUGGAGAUGACGCCCCCCGCGCCGUCUUCCCAUCAAUGGUUGGCUGCCUCAGACACAAGCAUGUGAUUGUAAAGCUGGAUGCAGGAGUUGUGCAGGAGAACCACUAUGUGGGAGACAAUGCUCAGAGCAUGAGAAGUAUCCUGAACCUGAAGUACCCCAUCAAGCACGGCAUAGUCACCAACUGGGAUGACAUGGAGAAGAUAUGGCAUCACACCUACAAUGUGCUCUGUGUUCCUCCUGAGGAGCAUCCAGUCCUGCUGACCGACGCUCCACUAAACCCCAAGGAUAACAGGGAGAUGAUGGCACAGAUUAUGUUCGAGAAAUUCAAGUGUCCUGCCAUGUAUGUUGCCUCCCAGGCAGUCCUGUCACUGUUCUUCUCUGGUAGAACCACAGGUAUUGUGAUAGGCUCUGGUGACGGCGUCAGCUACACUGUGCCCAUCUACGAGGGCUACGCUCUGCGUCACAACAGUCUCCGUCUGGGCCUGGCUGGCAGAGAUCUGACUGACUGUCUGAAACAAAGUCUCACAGAGAGAGGCUACAGCUUCACCAGCACUGCUGAGCGUGAGAUUGUGCGUGACAUUAAGGAGAAGCUCUGCUACGUGGCUCUGGACUUCGAGAAGGAGAUGCAGAAGCCAUCUUCCACCCUGGAGAAAAGUUACGAGCUUCCUGACGGACAGGUCAUCACCAUCGGCAGCGAGAGGUUCAGCUGCCCCGAGACUCUCUUCCAGCCUUCAUUAGUCGGAAUGGAUGGAAUGGCUGGCAUCCACGAGAUGACCCACAACAGCCUCAUGGAGUGCGUAGAGGACAUCCAUAAGGACCUGUACGCACAGGCUGUGCUGUCUGGCGGCACCACCCUCUGCCCUGGCUUCGCUGACCGCAUGCAGAAGGAGAUCACUGCUCUGGCCCCACUCAACAUGGAAAUCAAGAUCAUCGCUCCCCCUGAGAGGAAGUACUCCGUCUGGGUCGGCGGCUCCAUCCUGGGCUCCCUCUCCAUUUUCCAGCAGAUGUGGAUCAGCAAGCAGGAGUACGAUGAGUCCGGCCCCUCCAUCGUCCACCGCAAGUGUCUUUAGAAAGCCCCGUGUCGUUGUCGUCCUCCUUAUAGAUAUGGGUCUUCUUAUGUUUAGAGAUGGCCAUUUAAGAGCAUCGUACAUUCGGUGAAAAAGGGACAUCCAAGGACAAAUCUAAACAUAUUGUUAAGUUUUGAUUAACAACAUCACAAUAGUCAAAAAAGAAUAACUUUUUAUAAAUUUAGGCAGAAGAGUACAGUCAGAACAAGUUAUAAUACAAUAAUCGGGUUUGGAUUUGAGAUUCUGUCUGGUACCAAAAAUCAUAAGAAAUUAUUUUGUUUUUUUAACAAUAGUUUAU